CCUUCGAUUUCUCUUCAAACCCACCGUGUCAACUCGUGUUCAAACUCACACAAGUUAAUAAACGCCACCGUUUUGCUUUUUUAAUUCUCUUUUAUUUUUUUAUAAUAAAAAAUGGCUGAUGAAAACAGUUGCAAGAAGCGGUUACGCAAUGACUCGUCCGAGUCAGAGAUUGAAUCGUCCGAGGCAAAGCGACUCAGAGAGGAUUUGCUUGAGUUCUUGAACGAUUCCGAUCCAACUCCUUCGACUCAAGAGCUUGAUUCUGUUAUGAAGAGCUUACAGGAUGAGAUCUCCGCGUCUUCCACUUCUAAUUCCAUCUCCAUCCGUGUGACGUCAGAUUCCGGCGAGUCUCAGGCUCAGAUCGGGUAUCUUCUGGAAGCUUCCGAUGAUGAACUCGGGCUUCCACCACCGGGAUAUCCUUCGGUUCAUGAAGUUCGUGAAGUUCAUGAAGAGAAGAAAGAUGAAACUGAUUUGGCCCGAGUUUUGUCUGACUCGUCCGGGAUCGGUGAGUUAUGGGAGUUUGAGAACCAGAUCCCGAGUUAUGACUCGUUUGAUUUAGGAAACAGAUUCGAAAGUUUUGGUUAUGACUCGUUUGAUGGGAUUUUUAACCAUUCAGAUGUGUAUUAUGACUCGAACGAGUUUUCUGACUCGUGGCGGCACGGAACCUUGCCGGCACAAUAGAAAUUAUGAAGAAAAAAAAUUAAAAAAGGGAAAAGGAAUUUUUUUUUUCCUUAAUUAAUCUAUCUAAUGGGAUUUUUAAAUUUCUUAGA